AUGGAGGAUCCUCCACAGGAUCCGCCUCCCCUGCCUCGUCUCCCUCCUGAUCCGGUCUUCCUUGGACCUGAUGCUGGUCUUCGUGGCUCUCUGUUGAGCUCUCCUUCUUCCUCUCCGAUGGAUUUAUCCCCUGCAGUUUCGGUGCUCGACUCAACGGACCCGGAUAAGAACUUGGCUUCCAGUGGCCCAUCCCCUCCCCUCACGGGGUCUUUCAUUUUCGGCUCCUUGAGUCCGAGUGUUCCUCUGCCGUCGGUCCUAUCUGAUGAUACAACUAGGACGGUCCCUGAUUUGGCUGAACCCGGGUCCUCGAAAAUCCCAUCUGCUGCGACUCAUCCGACAAGUAGCUCUAAUCCUUCAGAGUUUGCUUACAAUUGGGCGAGUAACCUAAACUCUGCGUCUAAGUUUCCUCCUCCGUCAGCCACGGUCUCUAUGUCUGCAGAUGGUAGGCCGAGAGUUAAGAUUCCUAAUGGGGUUUUCGAGAGAGGAGCAAAGAUCCAUACUGAUUUCAUCGUUGGAAUCUUCUAUGGUAAAGCUCCAUCUUAUGGGAAGAUCUGGGCUGUCUUAAAUUAUCUAUGGGGCAAGGAUAGAAGAGUUACCAUUCAUCAUCUAGCCAAAAACGCUUACAUCUUCCACAUUCCAUCUCCCUCCUUGCGCAAACGCAUCCUCCAGCACGAACUUUGGCGUGUAGGUGAUUCACCAUUCUUUGUCACCGAAUGGAAAGCAGAAUUUAGUCUAAAUCCUCCUUCUCUUGACAAAGCUCCCGUAUGGGCCAAGAUUCAGGGCAUCCCUUUUGACCUAAUAACUAAUGAAGGUUUAAGCUCAAUCUGUACGCCUUUAGGACGUGUGGUUGAUGCGAAACCUUUCACAAGUAUUUCUUCCGCAGAGGUGAAGGUGAUUGUUGAUCUCACUAAGCCUUUACCAGCAGAAGUUGAGCUGGAAUGCGACAACGGUAAAAUUCUGGUGUUAGAGAUAACCUAUCCAUGGUUGCCUCCCCUUUGUCCGAUUUGUAAUGAAAUUGGUCACAAAGCUACUCGUUGUCCGGCAUCAAGCGCUAAGGAAAAAGCUGAGUUUAAAGGCAAGGGUGUAGCUUCUGAUACGGAUCCAGCUAAGGAAUGGCAAGCGCCAAACAGAAAAAGCAAAGGCAAGAAGUCUAAGAAGAAGCAAGUUGACUCAGAUGUUGGUACUAACCCUGCCGGUCCUUCUUCCUCUAAACCUGUAUACGUCGAGAAAUCGAAGGCCUUUUCUACGCCAGCUCAGGUCGUAUCGAGUAACAUGUUCCUUCCUCUUCAGGGUGAGGAGCCUGAGAAGGACUCUAAAAUUGGCUCGUCUCUGCCACUAAGUUCUGACGGUUCUGAUGGUUCUGAGGUCGGGGGUACGUCCGGUGCGUGCUCUACCUCUGAGGGUGGUACUCUUGCCUUGGGUUUCCCUCUUCGCCCUUCUUCAGUCACUGGCUCUACCAUCCAACAGAGCCAAAGCAAGCCCCCUUCAUCAUCUCUGGUAUUGAGUACUGGUACAGGGCUUAAUUCAACGGUUUUCUUCGGCUCAUCUCCUAAAUCUUCUGCGGAGAGGAAAAAGAAGAAGCGUAAAUAUUCAUCUCCGGUUCGUCAAGGAACCAGUGAUAAUACUAAGCAUAGCCCGCUUUUUUCUUGGCUCAACAGACGGUCAAUUCCUUUUGGGGCGCUUCUUGAAACGCACGUUAGUGAAUCUAGCAAGCAACUUAUUUUAUCUUCUUUGGGCCCUGGGUGGUCACUUUUGGACAACUACCACCACUCUCCGUUAGGGAAGAUCUGGUUUAUCUUCAGAAACCCGGUUACAGUAAGGCUUCUUUUUGCAGACCUCCAAUCUAUCACUUGUGAGGUUAAUUUGGAGGAUGGGAAUUCUAUUGUCUACACGACUAUUUAUGCUUCUAAUGAGGUCGAGCUUCGAAAAGAUCUCUGGAUUUCUCUAAGAGACACAAGUGCAGCUUUUGAUCUCUCUAACAAGCCUUGGAUUGUGGGAGGAGAUUUUAAUGAAAUUCUUCAUCCUGACGAAACUUCUAACCUGGGUAUUAACACGACAAACCGAGCAAUGCGGCUGUUUGGAGAGUGUCUGGGUGAUCUAGGUCUUUUUGACCUUCCUUUUACAGGCCCUAAAUUCACUUGGACUAAUAAGUGUCCUUCAGACCCCAUAGGUAAAAAACUUGACAGAUGUUUGGUUAAUGGGGCAUGGAUUCUUCGGUUCCCUUCAAGCUAUUGCGAGUUUUCUGCUCCAGAAUUUUCAGAUCAUUGUCCUUGUCAUAUUCAACUGGUCUCUCCGCCUCCGUCUUUCGGCUCGCGGCCAUUCAAGUUCUACAACUUAUUAACAAAGAACUUACAAUUCUUAGAGGUUGUUAAGGGAGCUUGGGAUGUGGCGGGGCCUCGGGCUUUCACACUGAGGGAUUUCUGUUUUAAACUGAAAAGCAUGAAGAGGCCUAUGAAGUCUCUGCACCGAGAUAAUUAUAGUGAUAUUGAGAAGCGAGUGCAUCUAGCAGAGGCUAAUCUUACUUCUGCUCAGCUCAUAGCCCUUGAUGAUCCUACGCCGAUCAACGUGCAGAUGGAGGUACUAGCUAAGGACCUUUGGAUUUCUCUGCGUCUUGCUGAGGAAAGUUUUUUCAGGCAACGCUCUCGAGUUAAGUGGUUGGGCGAAGGUGAUCUCAAUACGCCUUUCUAUCAUAGUAUGAUGACGAUGCGAAAUGCUCUGAAUGCGGUUAAACAACUUUACCGCGAUGAUGGGUCUGCUACAAACUCGCUUCAGGAGGUGCACGCUCUUGCAGUGGAGUACUUUGAAGGUAUUUUGUGUACAAUUCGUGGUAUGUUCUGGCCUGGUCUACCAGACUUUCUUGAGGCUAUCAUCCAGCGUAAAUGCUCACCCCAGGACAAGGAUGCGUGCCUUCUUCUGUUUGUUCCCGAUAUGAUCUUGUCAUGUCUUCAGAAAAUGAAAAGUAAUAAGACUCCGGGACCUGACGGCUUUCCGGUGGAAUUCUUUAGAGCUGCUUGGAGUGUGCUAGGUGAGGAAUUUAUUUCAUCAACGCUUGAUUUUUUCAGGACUAGCUUCAUGCCCACGUCUUUAAAUUCCACGUCCUUGGUUCUUCUUCCCAAGCGGCCUGGGGCCAACACUAUUCGAGAGUUUCGACCCAUAGCGUGUCUUAACACACAGUACAAGUUGAUCUCGAAGCUCAUUUCCAACAGGCUAAAGUCCAUCCUCCCGUCAAUCAUCCUCCCUAACCAAACGGCCUUUGUCAAGGAUAGGUUGAUUCUUGAGAACAUUUUGUUGGCCUCAGAGGUUCUAAAUGGCUACCAUAAAGACUCAGAGGUCCCAAAAAUAACAUUGAAGGUCGAUAUAGCGAAAGCUUUCGAUUCAGUUCGAUGGGAUUUUGUGCUAAGUACUCUUCAAGCCUAUGACUUACCUCCCAUCUUCAUCGGAUGGGUUAAAGCCUGCAUCUGCUCUCCGUCCUUCUCCCUUAGUAUUAAUGGAGUCACCUCGGGAUAUUUUAAGGGGAAGACUGGUCUUAGGCAAGGCGAUCCGUUGUCUCCAAUCCUCUUUGUCAUGAUGAUGAAUAUUCUUUCGCUAAUGUUGAACAGAGCUGCAUUGUCAGGCUCUUUUGGAUACCACCAGCACUGUGCUGAUCAACAACUUACUCACUUGUGCUUUGCUGACGAUUUACUCAUAUUCACCGAGGGCACUGAAUCGUCGCUGGAAGGAGUUUUUACCGUUUUAUCAGAUUUUGAAAUGAUGUCUGGCCUUGCAGUUAAUGUAAGUAAAACGAAUAUGUUCUCUUCAGGGAUUGCAGAAGUUGAGAUUCAGCGAAUUGCUAGUCGUUUCGGGCUGACUCGUUCUAACUUACCAGUUCGCUAUCUUGGAACUCCUCUCUGUACGAAGAAGUUGUCUUUCUCAGACUGUGAUCCGCUCUUGUUGCAGAUCAAAAAGAAAUUGAGUUCCUGGACUACACGAUCCCUUUCAAUGGCGGGGAGGCUAACCAUGCUAACCUCUGUCAUCUCGGGCAUUAUUGGCUAUUGGUCAAGCGCUUUUCUCCUUCCAAAGCGGGUAAUGAAAGCUAUCAACUCUCUUUGCAGUUCAUUCCUGUGGCAUGGGACUAUUGGGAUUUCAACAGGUGCAAAAGUUGCUUGGAAGGCUCUUUGUACUCCGAAAACAGAGGGUGGCUUAGGUAUUCGAAAUAUAGAGACAUGGAGUGAAACAUGUGCCUUGAAGCUAAUUUGGAUGCUCUUCUUCAGAGCUGGAUCUAUCUGGGUAGCUUGGAUGAGACAGAGAUACUUGAACAGAGCCUCUUUUUGGUCACUCAAUGAGAAAAAUUAUACUUAUUCCUGGAUGUUCAGGAGAUUACUCAAGCUACGCCCAAAAGCCUUGGACUUCAUCAGAAUUUCUAUUGGCAGAGGCGAUGACACUUAUUUCUGGUGGGAUCCAUGGACUCCCUUUGGCCCUCUUUACAGCUAUCUUGGUCAAGAUGGACCAACCCUCUUGGGGAUCCCACUAUUUGCGCUGGUCUCAGAUGUUUGGAAUGGGAGUUCUUGGUCUUUCUCUGCAGCAAGGUCUAAUCGUCAGCUUCAGUUAUUGUCUUUUCUUACCACAAUCUCCCCAGCUAAUGGACCAGAUGUUCCUAAAUGGAUCAUCAACGGGAAUACUCAUAAAUCUUUCAUAUCUCGUUUGGUUUGGGAGGCUAUUCGGCCGCAUCUUCCUGUAAAAGCUUGGGCUCCCCUCCUCUGGCACAAAGGACUCAUCCCACGCCAUGCAACAACUACUUGGCUCUUCAUUCUUGAUAGGAAUCCUACAUUAGACCGUCUCCUUUCUUGGGGUCUAGAUGUUGAUACUAUAUGCCUCCUAUGCGGUAAUGCUGAUGAAUCAAGGAAUCAUUUAUUCUUUGAGUGUCCAUAUUCGGUGGAAGUUUGGUCAUCUAUCUGUGCUCGUCUCAAUUUUACCUCUCCUCCAACCUCAUGGAAUGCGACUAUGGCGUGGUUACCGAAUGCUUCUUCAGAUCGUUCUAUCAAAAUUGCUCUACUACAAGCUUGGCAAGCAAACUGUUUACAGCUUAUGGCAAGAGCGUAA